GUCAACUAAUCGUUUAUUCCUAGAAUGACUUCAAGAAGCGCCUUGCGGAUAAGGCAAACAAGUACCGCGGCCACUGUUUCGCGCACUCCUUGUAAAGGUCGACAAUCAUUGCCUCGCAACGCAAAAGUAAUAGCUGAGAUUGAUGGCUAUGAAGAUCAGUUCAAUUCUCCCAUCAAACAUAGUAGCAGGCGGAAAACUGUAUCUGCUGCAACACCUGCUACAAAAAUAUCGCAGCAGAUUGCUGCUCGGCUGCUGAUUGAGUCUCCUGAAGCUCACGAUGAAAAUAAAAGGCCUACUUUGAGAGCGCGAUGCACACCACAAUCGACAGCUGCCCAUCGACGUUUAGAUUUGGGUUCAAAAUCUGCAAAACCUACAUAUCGCAAGGUGGAUCAUGAUCGCAUGGAAAUCGAAAACGAUGAGAAUAUCCCUCCAGCAGGCGAUACCGUUGGACGUCGUCUACCCAACAGAGCUGCGAAGCUUAUUUCUUCUGCUGCCCAGCAAUCAUCAUCCAGGACACCACUGAGGAUGAAGAUAACGAGAACUAAUUGCUCCGCUAGAAUUGCUUCAUUUACUGUCAGGAAGAAACUGGAAAGUCCUACGUACAAGUCACCGAAGACACGGAGCCGUGUAGUAAAAGCCAACGAUGUUAAGAUUCUUCCACUCGUAGUGCGUUUGAAGCCGGUCACACCUCGCGCUGAUGGUUCAGUCGAAUACCGCGCUGUUGGACCCGAUAGCCCCUGGGCGUCAAAGCGCACUCCUGCUCGGGUCAUAUGCGCGAAAUCGCUACGCAAAAGUUUGGCUGCAAAGAGCAGGGUCUUUGAAGCAGGAGAGUUGGAAUCAUCUUCAAGUGAAGGCUGUUCGAGUGAUGAAAGCGAGAGCGAAAGCGACGUGACCUCAUCGGAAUCUGAAGAGGAAGAAGUUAAAGUCGAUGAAAGAAGGAAGUCUUGCGCUCGCCCAAAAAUAGCAUUCAAAAUGGCAGCUGUUGCAUCACCUGAAAAGAAACGUGCUGGUCUUUUAGCCAAUCCAAGAAUGGCUGUGAAGAAAGUACAAACACUGGAAGAUUUUCGCCGUCGCUUGCAUACGGCUGAAGUCCCUGAACGGAUGCCGUGCCGUGAAGAGGAAGCAGCAGAAGUAGAACGCUUCAUACGUAAUGCUAUCUCUGCUCGAGGCACUAGCAGCGCGAUGUAUAUCAGUGGUGUUCCAGGAACGGGAAAAACAGCCACGGUCAUGUCGGUCGUCAAGCAAAUAACCAGAGACCGGAAAGCCAACAAUUUCUGUUUUGUUACUGUCAAUGCUAUGGAAUAUAUAGACCCUAGGAAGAUUUUUGUUGACAUUUAUAAGCAAAUCACAGAAAACUCUAAUCGGAUUUCACCUGCUGCUGCUCGUAGGAAACUAAACACUAUGUUUGAGAUGGCUGAUAAAAAUCGUCCGCCUAUUAUCAUUCUCAUUGAUGAGCUAGAUCAGCUUUGCACGAAAAAGCAAGAGCUUAUUUACGACAUCUUCAACUGGACAUCAGUUGAGUCGGCUCGGGUAUCAGUCAUGGCCAUUGCUAAUACUCUUGACCUACCAGAACGUCUGCUUUCCCAGAGGGUCACUAGUCGAAUUGGCGCUGCUCGUAUUUGUUUUCAACCAUAUGAGUUUCAAGAAAUUGAGCGUAUCAUUCACGAUCGUUUGGAAGGAUCGACAAAUGCCAUAGACGAAGCUGCUGUGCAGAUUGCUGCAAGAAAGGUGGCCGCAGUCACCGGUGAUUUGCGCAAAGCUAUGGACUUGCUCCGGCGUGCUAUCGAAAUAGCCAUAGAAAAAGGUGCCAAGAAGCUUACAGUAGAGCAUGUUCUUUGCGCAACUCGUGAAGCGUCAUCGACUUUAUUGGUUCACUUUGUGAAGAUUUUGUCAAAACAUGCCCUUCUAGUUUUCAAAGCUGCAGUUUCACUGUCUGAAAGAACGGACGAGUUUUCUUUCGCUGAGCUCUUCUCACAAUACAAAUCCUUCGCAGCUCUGGUUGAAGGAAUUGCACCCGUUCCAGAGUCAUUAGUAUUAUCGUUAGUGGGCCGACUUUGCUCAACGCGUCUUUUGAUUUCAACUUCGGGUAGUCAUAUUCCUCGCAGACGUCUUCGGCUGGGUAUGUCAUACCAAGACGCCCAAUCUGCUAUCAGAAUCCGCGAAAAUGACAAAGAAAAUAUGUAAAAGGUAUCAGCCAAAUAUAUAUAGGCUUAUGCUCUGUUCAUGUAGAAGCCAGAUAUAU